CCGAAAGGCCCAAUCAGCGUCGCCAAGAACAUCGCAAGGUGAUAUCGACUUCCCCGCUGUUAGCUCGGGGUUCGUUCUGACCACUCUGAUCCCAUCGGUUUGGGUAACGCGGUCUUGAUAUCACUCAGGCGGCUGGGUUCUUCGUUUUCUUUCUUUCACAACUUUCCCCUUGUGCAACUCCAACCCCUCCAACCAAGCGCCAUGGCGGACCAGUUCCAGGCUCGGACGUUGAAACGCAAGAAUGUCAAAGGUCUUGCUCUCAAUGCAGCCCCUAAACCCACCUCCAAUGCUACCGAUGGCGAUGCACAGGCUCCUGGGUCUGUUGGGAAUAGCGAAGGCAACAACACAGAUACGCUCGAAAUCGGACUUGAGUUUCGCCUCGAUCUUCGCAGUGAAGACCUGGUCACAUUGAAGGAACUCGGCGCUGGAAAUGGAGGUACUGUUUCCAAGGUGAUGCACGCAUCCACGAAGGUGGUGAUGGCUCGAAAGAUUAUCCGUGUGGAGGCCAAAGAGAACGUGCGGAAACAGAUUCUACGAGAACUUCGAGUCGGACACGACUGCAACUGUCCCAAUAUUGUCACUUUCUAUGGUGCCUUCCAAAACGAAGCGAGAGAUAUUGUGCUAUGCAUGGAAUAUAUGGAUCUUGGAUCUCUCGACCGCGUUUCUAAAGAUUUCGGCCCUGUUCGAGUCGAUGUGCUAGGCAAGAUCACCGAGUCUGUCUUGGCUGGUCUUGUCUACUUAUACGAAGCCCACCGCAUCAUGCAUCGUGAUAUCAAGCCGUCCAAUAUCUUACUCAACUCCCGCGGUAACAUCAAGCUCUGCGACUUUGGUGUGGCUACCGAGACAGUUAACUCGAUUGCCGAUACAUUCGUUGGCACUUCCACAUACAUGGCUCCCGAGCGAAUUCAGGGAGGCGCCUAUACGGUCCGCUCCGACGUGUGGAGUGUGGGCUUGACGGUCAUGGAGCUGGCCGUUGGAAAGUUCCCUUUCGAUCACUCCGACUCUGCUGCCGGAAACCGUGCUAGCGCAGGGCCGAUGGGGAUCCUGGAUCUACUCCAGCAAAUUGUGCACGAAACAGCGCCCAAACUGCCCAAGAGUGAUGCCUUCCCGCCUAUCCUACAUGACUUUGUUGGGAAGUGUCUCUUAAAGAAAUCCGAGGAGCGUCCCACCCCACGAGAGCUUUAUGACAAAGAUGCCUUCUUGCAGGCCGCGAAGCGCACACCAGUCAACCUUGAAGGAUGGGCAACGAGCAUGAUGGACCAAGAAAAGCGCAAGUCCUACUUGGGACCACCAAUACCAACAUCACUCUCAAGAGAGGGCUCGACGCCAACCUCAAACUCGACCUCAUCUCCCGCCGCAGCUCCCACAUCAACCACUAUCGGGAAACCUCCCCUUGUCAGCAAGCCAACACGAACCCCACAGCAAUCACCAUUCCCAUCAAACCCAGUAUCAGGCGACAUCCCUCUAAAGAUCGCCAACGAGGUCCCAUCCAGCCACCGUUACUACCCCCAGUCCCAGCCCCAGCCCCAGCCUCAAUACUACUCAUCGUCCUCGUCCCGAGCCACGCGGUCUCCGCCACCCCCUUCUCUGGAGCACCUCUCGCUGGAAGCAAACGACGAGGGCAGCCGAUCCGGUCGUCGUGCGAUGCGUCAGCACCUCAACGAGCCCGUUUCUGCUGUCGAUGCCCCAUCUCGCCCAUUCAUGAGCCCCCGCUCCGCCAGCUCCAACAACUCCAAUCCCCGCACGAACCUGCACUCUACGACGAUGCCCAUCCGCACCGCGCCUCCGAACGGCCCGCCUCCCCCACCGCCUAUUUCAUCAGGCGGAAACUGGCGCAUCCAACCAGGAACUACGCCUCGGUAAUUUGGUGAUGAUCAGUUAAUGUACUCGGAUAUAUCUUGGUUCUAUUUUCUUUCUAUUGCCAUGCCUAUGUCCAGAUGAACGUGCAUAUACACAUGAAAUGCCGAUGUAAUACGAUUUCGGCUUUGAUGAUCGUGGACAUCUGCUAUUUCCUUGGCUGUGUUGUUCUGUCUGGUGUGUAUUCACGGCGCUCUUGGAACAAAAAAGAAGCCAAGGCAAGCUGCCCUAACAGCACUUAUUUUUUCUUCCAUUGAUCUAUGGGUAUCUCUCUCUCUUCUCUCUCUUUUUUUAUUUUCUCCUUUUUACUUCUCAUUCAAUGACUCUGCUUUGAUUGAAAUAUCUGGCAACGAACCCUAUUUUGUUCAUUUCUGACUCUAUCUUUUUAUCUGCUGGGAUGUUCUUCCUGCAUUACACGGCGUACAUAAAUAUGUGCAAUUUCAUACUCUUUCAAACUC